CUUCUAACUUCCUAAGGCCCAUAUAUAAACCGACGCAAACAGAAGCCGAACAGACGACCGCUCUGAACUUAUGGUCAAAACCGCUCAACUUCCAAUUUCAAAACAUAAACAAAGAGAGCGAGCCAGCGACUGGUGCGAGGAUUGGACCACUAUUUCAGUUUCUACUUUACCAGGCGUUCCUGCAAUACAUUUGAAUCAUAGCUCUUCAUGGACAAAACACUUGAGAAACGAAAAGUCGGCGUUCUUCCCAACAGAAAGAGGUCGAGAGUUGAUGAUAAAGAUGGAGUAAUUCAUCAUGUCAAGGAGGCUUUGGAUGAAUAUCGAGAGACAUUAACUAAGCUCUUGCAAAAACAUGAUAGUGAAUCCUACCAACAAGUUUGUUGGAGGCCUGAUAUUGAAGCAGCAAUGUGUCAGAGAAAGAAAGGAAACUUGGUUAACACGAGGAAACAAUUAGGACCAAUUCCGGGAGUGAAUGUUGGUGACGAGUUUCGCAACAGGGCUGAACUAACUGUUGUUGGCAUCCAUCAUAAGUUUCUUCAUGGUAUUGAGUAUAUGAAGAAGGAUGGGAAAAUUUUGGCCACAAGCAUUGUUAAUUCUGGCCGUUACGCCAACCAUGUAGCAUCUCCUGAUAUCUUGACUUAUUCAGGUGAAGGUGGAAAUCCUAGGGUUGAUCCUAAAAAGCCAAAGGAUCAAAGACUUGAACGUGGAAACCUUGCACUAAAGAACAGCAUGGAAGAAGGAACUCAUGUAAGGGUAAUUCGUGGUAUUAAUCGUUUUGAGGUGGGUACACGUGCUAAGAAAAGUUCUUUCAGAACUUAUGUUUAUGAUGGUCUCUACAUAGUAGAGAGUUUUUGGCAAGAAAGAGAGGAAUUUGGCAAACUUGUGUUUAAAUUUUUGUUGAAAAGGAUAUCAGGGCAACCAAUAAUCACAUGGGGAAAAGCUUUGGACAAGUUGAAAAAACCUAUGGUUUCAAAGGAUAUUGUUUGUAAAAAUGACAUCUCUGAAGGGAAAGAGAAGAUGCCUAUUCGAGUGGUCAAUGCAAUAGAUAGGGCGACUCCUCCAGCUUUCAUUUACAAGCGCAAUGUCAUUUAUCCAGAUUUCUUCAAGGAGACAAGAAAAGGAGGUUGUAAUUGCCUUCACGGAUGCUUAGAAUCCAAGUCAUGUCCUUGUGUAAUGAGGAUUGCAGGAGUUUUGUCAUACAACAACACGAUAACAGGCACGAAAUCCCUUAUUUAUGAGUGUGGUACUACGUGUAAGUGCUCUUCUUCUUGCAAAAAUAGAAUUAGUCAACAUGGAAUUCAGUUUAAACUUGAAGUCUUUAGGACAAAAUCAAAAGGAUGGGGUGUCAGAUCACGAACAUAUAUUCCACGAGGAAGUUUUAUAUGUGAGUAUGUAGGAGAAAUUCUACAAGAUAAACAAGUUAAACAAAGAAAGGGGUUUGUCAUUGAUGCCACACAACAUGGGAAUGUGGGAAGAUUUGUCAGUCAUAGUUGUUCUCCUAAUCUAUUUGCCCGAAGUGUCCUUCAUGAUCAUGACGACGCAAGAAUCCCACACAUGAUGUUAUUUGCUGAGAAGAACAUUCCACCGAACCAAGAGCUAACUUACGAUUAUAAUUCUAUAGUAGGCGAUUCCAAUGGCACUACCAUCAGACAAGCUCUCCUCGACAAACCAUCUGGAGUUGCACCUAAUAUCAUCUAAGGCAACUCGUUUUGGCCAAUGGAGACAUAUCGCUGAUGCUGCCCCUAAGCUUGCCAAAAGGAGUUUGUGCUUUAGUAUGUGGGCCACGUUUCCCCCACCCUCCUUGGUCUCUAUUCUGUCGGAAUACGGUCUGCCGGCCCCUACGUGAUCGAGUGGUCUUUUGUUGCUAAGGCUGGUUUUAGUUUGGUCCCGCUGUUUGACUCUGUACCUGUCUGCAAUGUCCAGUCUCUCCUGCUGUUUGACUCUGUACCUGUCUGCAAUGUCCAGUCUCUACUUUUUGUGUGCUCUUUUUCUGUUAGUUACUUCUGGUGCUGCCUUUCUUUGGGCAUGCUUUGCUUUGUAUUGUUUUCUCCUCUGCCUGCCUUUUCUGGGGCCUUUUAAUGAAGUAUCUUUCGACCCAAAAAAAAAAUCCUCAUAAUAUUGUGUACUAACCAUAAGCUUUGGGAAAACCAUAUAUACUUUAGUUAUAUGGUUUGGGGAAAAUAAAUAUCUAAAAUUUCCCAGAAUUGUAAUGAGAAACCCUCAAUUGAAAGCCUGUUAUUUUGUAAAUUUCCACAACCGGAACCCUUCGAGACAACCAAAAGGGUUUUCGUGUGGAACGGGGUUUCAGCUCU